UCAAUCUCUUCACAUUGAUUCGUGCGAGAUUUUAUAAAAAUCUUGUUUAUCUAGUAGGUAUUUUGAUUAUCAGUAUUAAAAACAACUUCUCAUAUUUUCAUAGUUUCCGAAAUGGGUUGUAUGUUGAGAAGUGACCCAAUGACAUUUUGUGAUAUGUUCCUCCAACCUGAAGCAGCGUUUGAAGUAAUUGGCCAUCUCGGCGAAAUGGGAUGUGUGCAAUUUGUAGAUAUGACGCCUGAAGUGAAGCCAUUUCAAAGAAAUUAUGUAACGGAACUGUGUCGUUAUGCUGAGUUGGAACGCAAGCUGGUCUAUAUGGAGGGCGAGAUGAGCAAAGAUCGAAUCAGUGUUGUCGAAUACAAUAGUAUGAAACCAAAGCCAUUGCCGCUCAAUGAACUAGCAACGCUGGAGAACAUAUUAGAGAAAUGGGAAAAUGAUGUAUUGGAAAUGUCAGAGCAUCAAACAACGUUAUUAAAGAAUUAUCUAGAACUGACUGAAAUGAACUAUGUCCUAAAUCAAAUUGGACCAUUGAUGGGUGAAGCGGAAAUGACUGAGGAGGCAAUUUUUGGAAGAUCUGCUGGUGGUGACACCGGUUUACUUGGGCGACUUUUUGUGUUGACGGGUGUUGUGAAGAGAAGCAGAAGUUUCCCAUUUGAGAUGAUGAUGUGGAGGGUGUCGCACGGAAAUAUUUAUUACAAACGAGCUACUCAGGAUGCUAUAUUACAAGAUCCCCGUUCUGGCCAAGACAUUCGAAAGGUGGCAUUUAUGGCAGUAUGCCAAGGCGAGCAAUUAUAUACCCGGCUGGAAAAAGUCUGCAGUGGGUUCCAUGUGAAUCUUUACACCUGCCCUGAGAGCCAUGACGCAAGGAUGGACAUGAUGUUGCAACUCAGUGUUAGGAUUGAUGAUUUAGAAAAAGUUAUGAAAAAAACUAAAUACUACCGUUGCAAGGCGCUACGUACCGUUAGUAAACAAUGGGACUCGUGGAUGGUGCAAAUAAAGAAAUCGAAAGCGAUCUAUCAUACCAUGAAUAUGUUCACCCUUGACAUUACGAGGAGAUGUCUGAUCGGACAGUGUUGGGUGCCUGAACUGGAUUUUCCCAAAGUGGAAGACGUUUUAGCAAGAGCAACGGAGGAAGCUGGGAGCACUGUAGAGUCCUUCAUACUAAAGUCUGACGAUAGUGACGAACCGCCAACGUAUCAUCGUACUAACAAGUUCACGAAAGGUUUUCAAGCCCUUAUCAACGCUUACGGUGACUCUACAUAUAGAGAACUGAACCCAGGUCUCUACACAAUAAUAACAUUUCCAUUUCUGUUUGCGGUCAUGUUCGGUGAUAUAUGCCACGGAACGAUAUUGUUAGUGUUUGCUGCUUGGAUGAUAUCAGUCGAAAAGCAGCAUAUGGACAAGACUUCCAAAAACGAGAUAUGGAAUAUAUUCUUUGGUGGUCGUUAUAUUAUACUUAUGAUGGGGUUAUUUACCAUGUAUACUGGCUUCUUAUACAAUGUAUUCUUUAGCAAGUCUAUUAUGCCCAUGAAAUCGUACUGGAUGAACACUUAUGAUAAAGAGACGGUAGAAAAAAAUCAUUACAUCGAGUUGAAUCCAGUUUUUGAAACCAACCCGCCGUAUAUUUUUGGGGUUGAUCCUGUUUGGGCGUUAGCGAAAAAUAAAAUAAUGUAUCUGAACUCAUUGAAAAUGAAAAUGUCUAUCAUAAUUGGAAUAGUCCACAUGAUGUUCGGAUUGUCUUUAAGUCUUUUUAACCACAUAUAUUUUAAACGUUAUUAUGCUAUUAUAUUAGAGUUCAUACCGCAAAUUCUCUUCCUGACAUGCCUGUUCUUUUGGCUUGUCACGUUGAUCUAUAUGAAAUGGUUCAUGUUCAGUGGGAAAUAUACUGAAGUAAAAAGAGGCGCAGGCUGUGCGCCAUUAAUUUUGAUUCUGUUCAUCGAUAUGGUACUUAUGUCUACAUCGAAACCCGUGGAAGAUGAGUGCGACGCGUACAUGUUUGAGGGACAAGAAAGUUUCCAACGGCUUCUAGUCUUUAUUGCAGUAAUUAAUGUACCAAUUUUGCUAUUUGGGUCACCGGUAUACCUUAACCAUAUCUACAAAAAGAAGAAAGAAGAAGCAUUGAAAAAAAUAAGUCAAUUCCGAAGGUAUCAGAGAAGAGAUUCGGAUAAGCACACAGAGGAAAAAAUUUUGAAAGAUAUCGCCAAAUACUCGACGCCUUUUGGAGAAUUGAUGAUACAUCAGGCGGUUCACACUAUCGAGUUUGUUUUGAGCACCGUCUCCCACACUGCGUCUUACCUCCGACUGUGGGCCUUAUCCCUGGCUCAUGAACAAUUAUCAGAAAUGCUUUGGGUGAUGGUGUUUGCCAAACUUGGAUUACGUGAAACAUCGUACUACGGGGGUCCAAAAAUAUUCAUUAUAUUUGCAAUUUGGGCGAGUUUCAAUCUCUCUAUCUUGGUAGUUAUGGAAGGACUAUCAGCAUUUCUUCAUACACUACGGCUGCAUUGGGUUGAAUUUAUGAGCAAGUUCUAUACGGGCAGUGGUUAUCCUUUUAAGCCUUUUAGUUUUAAGGCCAUUUUCUCUGGCGAUGGAAAGGACGACCAAUCGGAGGCCAUGUGCAAAAAGAAAGUGGUUACCUAUUAAUAGUUAUGCUCUUUUUACAAUUUCAUUACGCUACAUUCCCUAUAUCAAUGCCCUCUAUGUACUGCAUACUAGAGUGGUCAUUCUGUACAAAAAAAAUUGCAGGCUGCAACUGCAUCUGUAACUCGCUUUUUUAAUUUGCUGGUCAUAGUUAAAUUAAUUUUGACUAUGACCAGCAAAGCUUCCUAGAACACGGUUAUGUUCGGAAUGACUCACUUACCAGAGUGAACUAGAGUGAGUGAGCUCUCGGUUUGUUUCUGAAUCAAUAUCUGUCAAAUGUUAGUGUAUUUGAGCACUAGGGAUGACGUAAAUCAGAGAUUUAAAGGUAUUGUUAUAUUCAAAACCCUUUAUCACGCUGCCACGAUGGCCUAUGUCACCAUGACACAUGCACAUGUCUGGUGGGAGACUUUGGCCGUGGCUAGCUACCACCCUAUCGGCAAAAUCUUGCCGCC